AUGUUGAGAAAGGAGAUGGCAGAAAAAUUGGCCAAGAUCAGCCAAGAAGAAAUUGAUCGAAAAAGCAAAAUCGUCUUUGAAAAGGUAAGUCUACCCCAAUAUAUCUUGUGAUACACUAUUUAAAACAAAUUUCAAGUUAGCUUUUAGAAACAAAAACCUAAAACAAGUAUCAUUGUUACCCAAAGUUACUUUUUAAAAACCCGGGAAACUACUAUUUCAGAAUGAAAAUUUAAAUUGACUCUUUUUGUUACCUAAAAGAACAAAACCCAAAAAACUUCGACUCAAAAGCUAAAUAAAACAUAUUUUUUACACAAAAACAAACGUUGUUACCUAAAAUUUACAACACGUAUAGUUUUACAACAAAACUAUAUUUUUUGGCUAAAAUUUACAAAACUACGAAAUCACGUAGGUACUAGAUCCAAAAUUACAGAAAAAAAAAUAUUUGUUACCUAAAAAUCCAAACAACUUUUACAACCCCGGUCUCCAAAACACCUCUCGCGCAGUGCAAACCAGAUCAUGGCCGCCGACAAUUAUCUUUCUGAUUCGAUUGAAAACAAAAAUGUUUCUAGACUCCACAGUUAUUAGUCGCAAUAUGCCAACCAUAUCCGCAGGCCGCAAGAGGCAAAAACCCGCAAAAACGGCUUCUUUGAAAUUUCAAUGUUAUCAAAUCUCAAUUGCUCAAAACCCUCAUUUUCUGAAUCGAGCCAAAAUUCCUUUUUUUGCUUCGAUCCAAACCUCAAAAAACAAAAAUUCUUCCACAAAUUCCAAGUUUUUAUCUCCAACCUGCCCACAAUACUCGCAGGCCGCGAAAUCAGAAACGCCGCCAAAAGGCACCCUUUGAAAUUAUCAGUGAACAAACCUCAAUCACUCAAAACCCGCAUUUCUUCAAUCGAGCCAAAAUUCCUUUUUUUGGUUCGAUCCAAACCUCAAAAAACAAAAAUUCUUCCAAAAAUUCCAAGUUUUUAUCUCCAACCUGCCAACCACAUCCGCAGGCCGCAGAUCAUAAAACCCGCUAAAAGGAGUACUUUGAAACAUCAAUGGAAACAAAUCUCAAUCGCAAAAUCCUUCUUUUUUUGAUCGAGCCAAAAUUCCUUUUUUCGACUCGAUCCAAACCUCAAAAAUUCCUCUAAAAAUUCCAAGUUUUUAUCUCCAUCCUGCCAACAACAUCCGCAGGCCGCAGAUCACAAAACCCGCUAAAAGGGGCCUUUUGAAAUUCUUACUGCACAGUGCAGAGGUUUUGUUUGGCUCUCCAAAAUUCCUCGAUUUUCUCCUUUUCGAUUUUCGCCCAAAAUUUGGAGAAAAUCGGAGAAGGAAAAUCUGGCCAAAUAUCGCGCUUGCACAGUGCAAUCAAGAAGAAAUAGAGAGUGUGGGAUUUGGAGAGAGGGACAGAGAAAAGCAAAGAGAAAAGAAAGAGUGUUUUGAGUAGAGAGCGUGUUCAGACAAAGUCAGAGGAACCCAAAAAUGGCCGAUUUCGGGAGAUUUUGAGAUCUCCAAAUUUGUCGAAAAUCCUUCAAUCUUCGAAAAGGGAUUUUCGGCGAUUGGAAUUGGCUUGCACGGUGCAGUGAGGAUUUCAAAAGGGUUUUUUCCGCUGGUUUUGUGAUCUUGCGGCCUGCGGGUGUUGUUGGCAGGUUGGGGAUAAAAACUUGGAAUUUUCAGAAGAAUUUUUGUUUUUUUGAGGUUUGGAUCGAGACGAAAAAAGGAAUUUUAGCUCGGUCGAAGAAAAUAGGAUUUUGAGCGAUUUGGAUUUAUGCAUUGAGUUUUCAAAAGAGGCUUUUUGGCGGGUAUUGUGAAAUUGCGGUCUGCGGGUGUUGUUGGCAGGUUGGGGAUAAAAACUUGGAAUUUUUGGAAGAAUUCUUGUUUUUUGAGAUUCGGAUCGAGUCGAAAAAAGGAAUUUUGGCUCGAUCGAAGAAAUGCGGGUUUUGAGUGUUUGAGGUUUGUCAAAUGGGGAUUUCAAAAAGGACUGUUUUGUGGGUUUUUGCCUUUUGCGACCUGCGAGUGCUGUUGGCAGACUGGAGUUAAAAACUUGGAAUUUUUGGAAGAAUUUUUGUUUUUUGAGAUUCAGAUCGAGUCGAAAAAAGGAAUUUUGGCUCGAUUGAAGAAAUGCGGGUUUUGAGUGUUUGAGGUUUGUAUUUACAAUGGGGAUUUCAACUUGUUUUUUUGGCGUCGUUUCUGCUUUUACGGCCUGCGGGUGGUGUUGGCAGGCCGGGGAUAAUACGUUUAAGGUCAUUUGUUAUCUAAAAUUAACAAUUCGUUAACUAUUUGUUACCUAAAAUUAAAUUAAAGAAAAGUUUUAAAGAUUUAAACUUACAAGUUUAGGUAAAGUCUUCGGAAUGGUUCAUAAGAAGUCAACGUAUCUCAGUUUUUGUUAACACAGCUGGUGAAAUCAAAACAGACGAAAUAAUAAAGUUGGCGUUGUUACAGAAUAAAGAAGUAUUCAUACCAUGGUAAGGUCAAUAAAUGUUUGACAAAAUCCUUGACAAAUGCUUUUUUUUCAGGUUUGAAAAGGGAAACCCUCGAAUGUUUAUGGUACAAUUGGAUACUGUAAAAGACUUUGACAAUCUCAAACCAACCUUAUGGGACAUUCGACAAUUUGAAUCGAUCGAUGGCAAAACUACAUACGAUAAUACUGGCAAUUUUUAAUUUUUUUAAAAGUUUUUGCUUAUAUUAUUUUACUUAUUUCUUACUAUUAUAUUACUACAUUAUAGGACCACUUCACUUGAUCUUAGCACCGGGUGUCGCAUUUACUACUGCAGGAGAUCGCUGUGGUCAUGGAAUGGGUUUUUACGACAAGUUCUUUGUUGAACACACAGGGAAAUCGUAUCCAAAUGCUCCAGCUCCAUAUAAAGUUGCAUUAGCUCUUUCAGAACAAAUUAUCGAUAAGGUACCAGUCGACGAAACUGACGUCAAAAUGGAUAUUGUUCUUGCAGCUGACUAA